AUGCCCUCAACAGGCUCAGAAUAUAUCUAUACUUUUGACAAUUCAGAUGACUCGGAGGAGGACGAUGCACCUUCGAAUAACACCCUCCUCAGUACGAACGCGACUGGAAGUGAAUUUCCACCUCAAAAACUCGAACCCGAUAGCCCAGCUCCCCCAAGUGUCGCACUGCGCGCCCUUCCUACUGAGCUACUUGCCAUUAUAUUUGAGUUCGCCGUCCAUGAUAAUCCGCCGUCGAUCUAUUUCACCAAAAACCACCCACUCUACAGCAUCAUCCGAGUGUGUCGUCGAUGGCGCAAUGUCGCAGUCGCAAUCCCCAAAUUGUGGAGAGAAUUCGUCCCAUACCUGUGCCACAACGAUCGCACGGUGGCUCCUGUCUACACGGUCAGGAAACAGCUAGCUAUACUCAAAGCGGGAGACAUGCACGUGCGGAUGGGCGUCUGGAAAGACCACGAUGCAGUCUACUUUUUGCUGAUUUCCUUGGAGCAAGCUCACCAAUGGGCGUUCGCCCAACUUAGCCUGUCACAUCUAGGGCUGGCUCUAAUCCUGUCCCGCGGGCCCUUUCCCCGACUCCACAAACUUGAACUAAGUGUCUCUGAGUGGACCUACUUCAUCCAAAUUCCACCAGAAGACGAGCAACGACUGCAGGGUUAUCUUGCAGACCCAGAAUACACAUCAUUCCCUCAGCUUCGAGAGUUGACAGUGUAUGAUGACUCUACCAUGCUAUUCAAGCAUCCCCUCUUCCAUAUGAUUACAUUCUCCCAGCUUCGAAUCUGCCAUCUUUGGGAGUGCGAUGCGGACAACGCUCUCACAGUGCUCUCAGUACUGGGCCCUGGUUCGCAACUCUCCCUAUUCAAAUGCAGCGGUCUGGAGAGUGACGCGACACUGAGGCCCCCAUUCGUCGUCUCCAUAUCGCAACUCGACUUUUACAACUGCUGCUUUGCUUUCUCCACUGCCGUCCUCCGCAAGAUCGGCGCUGCACCACUGCUGACUUCCUUUUUGAUUGACGCUUCGUGCGACACUCUCCGGGACCUAGAACUUUUGCCAUUCUUCGAGCGCAGUGGGUGUGCACUUGAAACUCUCCAACUUUGCCCCGCUUCAUACAAACUCGUCGAUGUCAUGCGGUUACUUCGUCUGCCCUCUGUCCGCACCAUUUCCGUGCUAGUCUUGGCCGGUUUCUGCAUUAGGAGCCAUCUCGACAACGUGGCUUGCGAGUUUUCCCGGCGGACCAAGUCUCGAGCUAGCCAGUCUAAUCAGGAGAAGACGGUGGUUGUGCCUAGUUUGCAAAGGUUGGAACUCUGGUACGCGCCCCACCUUAUUUCACUCAACAUGUUGGAAGCCCUCCAUCGCUAUCGGGGGUCCACUCUGGAGCAGGUCAUUAUGGCCAGCCCUCCCGUCGAGGGCCAGGACGGGAAGUCGGAAAAGCGGGUGAACCGUUUGAUGGCGCGGGGUCUGCAAGUCACUUGGAAUAGUGAGAGUGAUUCGCUACUGGAAGCAUCGUAG